GCUGCGGGCGGCCAGGAGAGCCGGGCCCGCCGCCGCUGCUGCUGCUAUGCUGGGGGUGGACGGGGGGCCGGAGCUGGGAGGGCCUUAGGGCGUUGGAAGGGGCUGGCAAGAUCCGGGAGGCGCCCCCCCGGGCAGAGAGCGAGCUGCGGGGCAGGAGCUCCGCGCAAAGGAAAGUCCGGGGAAAGUUCCCGCGAGGAGGGAGGGGGCGACCCCGGCCCGCGAGUCCCUUCCUGGGGUGCGGGGCCAGGAUGAGCCUGCUGUCAGCCAUCGACACCAGCGCCGCCUCGGUCUACCAGCCCGCCCAGCUCCUCAACUGGGUCUAUCUGUCUUUGCAAGACACCCACCAGCAGCAGCAGCAGCAGGCCAGCGCCUUCGAUGCCUUCCGCCCGGAGCCGGCCUCCUCCCAGCACCCCGAGCUCAGCUACCCCAGCAAGAACACGCCCGAGCUCGGCUCCUCGUCCCUCAACUCCAGCUAUCUCAACAGCUUCUUCCAGCUCCAAAGGAACGAGGCCCUGAGCAGCAGCCUAUAUAAGAGCGCCUCUCCUUACGGUUCCCUGAAUAACAUCGUGGAUGGCUUGAGCUCUCUCACCGAACAUUUCUCUGACAUAUCCCUCUCAUCAGAAGCGAGAAAACCUAGCAAGAGACCACCGCCCAACUACCUGUGCCAUCUUUGCUUUAACAAAGGACACUACAUCAAGGACUGCCCCCAGGCCCGUCCAAAGGGGGAAGGCCUGACACCAUACCAGGGGAAGAAACGCUGCUUUGGUGAAUACAAAUGUCCCAAAUGCAAGAGAAAAUGGAUGAGCGGGAAUUCUUGGGCCAACAUGGGACAAGAGUGUAUCAAGUGCCACAUUAACGUCUAUCCUCACAAGCAGAGACCCCUGGAAAAACCUGACGGCCUGGACGUUUCUGAUCAGAGUAAAGAACACCCUCAGCAUUUGUGCGAGAAAUGCAAAGUGUUGGGGUACUACUGCCGCCGUGUGCAGUGAACCCGCUAGGAUCACCUCUGCCUGCCACCUCUGGGCUCCUCUUGUAGCGCACACAGUCAAAAGGAAGGGGAAGGGAGAGAAAACAGCAGAUGAGAACCCCAAACCUCACCAGUAUUGCCUAUCAAUAAACUAAUAAUAUGCCUUA